AUGUUGACAGGACACAAAUGGUUUCAAACUUUGCCUUGGUACGCGUUGGCUCUUCAAGCUGUCGUUCCUCCGCCCUUUCACCACCGAUCGUUUUCAACCACCAUUUCAGUUCUUCGCAGUAAUGUCGUAAAGCAAUCCAACCUUGUGUCACGGCAAUGUCGUGGUGUACGCGUAUACGAUGGCCAGCGAUGUACCCGAACAGUCAAGGCAGACGUCAUUUGCACUGACGAAUCGCAACUCUAUUGUCAUUCGCACCAACCCAAAGCAGAGACAAAGUUGGCUCUUCCAACCACCACCACAACAACAACAACAGCAGCAGUACCUGCAUCAGCAUCAUCCACUUCAUCAUUACCUAUUUUAACACCAUGCAAACCAUUAUACGAUGGAUGGGAAUUAUGGAUCAAUGACAAAUUGAGCAGGAAAAAGCGUAAGGAGAUUCGACAAGAAAUGAGAAAGCCACUGUCACAACGGGAUCAAGACGGCUACAUUUAUGCAUACAUUUUGACACAUGGCCCACGUGUACCCACUUCAAAAUACGCAUAUUUCAAGAUUGGACGCACCAUUGAUCCCAUUCGACGCAUGUAUCAAGUCUCUCAGAAAUGCAAAUACGUUCCUGAAAUCGUCGAGCUCUUUCCACACAUGCCAUCCGCUUCUCAAUUGAAAAAACGACUCACCACCGCCAACGCCAUUCAUCAUCCUGCCACUAUACCCAAAUGCCCAGUAUCCCACCGCGUCGAACGUCUCGUUCAUCUGGAGCUCUCAGGAUUGUAUCCACAUGCAGGCUUUAAUUGCAAAGAGUGCGGAACAAAACAUCGCGAAUGGUUUCGAAUUGCCAGGCAACGGAAACCAGGUGGUAGCUAUGCAACCGAUCAUGAGCUAUGGAUGGAACACAUACGCCCCGUUAUUCUAAGAUGGAUCCAGUAUGGCAUUGCCGUAACAGCGAUACAAUCGUAG